AUGGCUACACGAUCACCAUGGCAAUGUCCUUGGAAGUCGACGUCCGACUCUGAUAUCAAAUUCUUGUAUCCCUGUACUUCUACGGCUUUCAAUUCCUCAAUCGUCUUUCCAUUUAGUAUUUUUCGCAAAAAGCAAACUCGUCUCACCACUUUCUCCUCUAAUUCGUCUCCUUCUUCUUCUUCAUCGUCGUCGUCGUCUUCAGCGUCUUCUAGUAAUGCAAACCCUAAUAGUGCAAGAAAAAGAUUGAGGAAAUCGGUGNCGUCGUCUUCAGCGUCUUCUAGUAAUGCAAACCCUAAUAGUGCAAGAAAAAGAUUGAGGAAAUCGGUGGUAGAGCCGAUCACUGAACGUGAUGAUGUUAAGAUUGAGAUCCCUUCGAGUCCAAGCAGUAGAUCUCAAAAGAAGCCAACAACCCUAACCUUCAAAUCUUUGUUCGGAAGAAGAGCUUUGUGGCGUAGGAUACUAUUCGCGUCGAGGAAAGUCAGGAGCAUCAUUCUUCUCAACGUCAUCACUGUUAUCUACGCUAGCAACAUUCCAGUUAUAAAAGAAGUGGAAGCAAUUGUGGACCCGGGAACCUUCACAAUUGUGAGAUUUGCUUUGUCAGCGAUACCUUUUGUCCCAUUUGUGUUACAAGCACGAGGUGAUGUCCAGACUCGUAAUGCAGGCAUAGAGCUGGGAUUUUGGGUCAGCUUAGGCUACCUGAUGCAGGCACUAGGGCUGCUCACAUCUGAUGCAGGGCGGGCUUCUUUUAUUUCUAUGUUCACUGUGAUUGUGGUUCCCUUGCUUGAUGGGAUGUUAGGAGCCGUAGUUCCUGUGCGUACCUGGUUUGGAGCUUUGAUGUCUAUAGUUGGGGUUGCGAUGCUGGAAUCCAGUGGAUCACCUCCAAGUGUUGGAGACCUAUUGAAUUUCUUAAGUGCAGUGUUUUUUGGAGUUCACAUGCUAAGAACUGAACAUAUUUCACGAAAUACAACUAAAGAAAACUUCUUACCACUCCUAGGCUAUGAGGUAUGUGUUGUUGCUCUCCUAUCAACUGUGUGGUAUUUAGUUGAAGGCUGGUUUGGUGGCAUCCAAGAGUUCAAUCCUUCGUCUUGGACAUGGACAGUGUUUUACCAUUGGAUGGUAGAAUUUCCGUGGAUACCUGCACUUUACACUGGCAUAUUUUCAACAGGGUUAUGCUUAUGGAUAGAGUUGGCUGCCAUGCGUAAUGUUUCAGCUACAGAAACUGCCAUAAUCUAUGGAUUGGAGCCAGUAUGGGGUGCUGGUUUUGCAUGGUUUCUUCUUGGUGAGAGGUGGGGCAUCAGCGGAUGGAUUGGGGCUACUCUUGUCCUUGUUGGAAGUUUAACAGUGCAGAUCUUUGGAUCGUCACCUCCCAGUUCAUCAAGAGAAAGUGAAGAAAGUAUUGAGAAAGGGAAUCACUUGUUGAUUUCAGAUAAACAAAAUAAUUUCUCUACCUCUCCUGUAGUUGUCAACUCCAGAAAGGAUGUUCCUGACGUAUUGAAGAAGUGA